CCUGGGAAAAACAGUCGUAUAGCUACAGAUGACACCGUACUGAACACCCUCAGUUACAGAGAUGGCCGGAACAAUCUCGAUAAACUCAUCUCUUCUUCCCUAUUCCCCUCCUAAACAUCUCUUGUCAAAUAUCUUCUUCCCUCUCUCCAUAACCCCCCAGAUAUCCUCUCUAAAAUUUCUCAGAAAUCCAACUACCAGACAGCGGAUCAGAAACCCAAGAAUCAACGCUAAUAACGGUGGAAAAUCAAGAAGAACAUCAGCAGCAGAAGAACUAGAAGAAACAUUCUUUGGUUAUGAAAUUGAAGAUGAAGAAACUGAUGACGAUGAUGAAGAAGAUGAUGACGAUGAUGAAAUUGAAAGAGAAAGUAGUAUGGAUUUACUUUUCAGAUUUGUUCAGAGUAUGUAUAAGAAAAUUUCUAAACGAGCAAAGAAAGCUACUCGGUCAAUUUUACCUCCAGCCAUUUCACCACCGCUGGUUUCAUUUGCUGUAGACGGUGUUUUGCUAUUGACUUUAUUGUCUAUUGUUAAAGCACUUCUUCAGGUUGUAUGCACUCUAGGAGGUACAGUGUUCAUUGUAAUUCUUAUGGUACGAGUGAUAUGGGCGACAAUGUCAUAUUUUCAAUCAAAUGUAAACGGGUCCAGUCAGAGUAAUGGAAAUUCAUUCAAUUCAACUAUACCCGCGUGAGCCAUUACUCUGGUUUCACCUUCAUCUGGUUGUAUGCACACUAGGAGGUUCAGUGUUCAUUUUGUAAUUCUUAUAAUAAGAGUGAUUUGGGCAACAAUGUCAUAUUUUCAAUCUACUGUAAACGGUUCCAAUCAGACUAAUGGGACUUCAUAAUAUUCAACUAUACCUGCGCUGUGGACCAGCUCGAAUUGUGGAGCCAUUACUCUGGUCUCACCUUCAUCUGGUUAGCUUCUGAUCUUACUCUCUGUAAUCAAAAUAGUCUACUAAAGUGAAGUUUCACCUGAGUAAAUAAUCUAAUGUCAAUCUCUCCUAUUAUUGUUAUCUGUAUAAUUUUCACUGCAAACUAGUCUAUAAAAAGUUGUCGUUUUCUCAUUUGUAACAGUACUUCAGCGUAAGCAGUUUUUUUUUGGUUUGUUUGUCUCAUUGUCCAAAUAUUUCUUAAGACCUUAACGUCA